ACUGAAGGUGUGAAGUGCCACUUCCCGGGCACUGAAGUCUCAUGUCUCUGAACUCAGAUUGGCAUUUCCUAAAAGCACACUGCUGGCUAUGGGUGAGAGUGACUGCGUAUAGAAACCCUCAAAAUGUUGGGGAAGCCCAGCCAGGCUUGUUGCUUUUCUAGUUAUCCCACGGCCUCUGGACUUACAGCUGGAGGCUUCAUGUGUGCUGUGAGCUAAUGCACAAAGCCAGGCAGCAUUGCGUGGAGCCGCGUGGGAGCAGAGGUGCCAAGGGGACUGCCUGCCUGGCUGUGUGGCAGCUGUAACCUACACCAACACCAUGAAGUUGGAUCUGGAGGGAUUACUGGAAUAGCGCCUGCUUCCACCCUCUGGUCUGUUUACUUCUUUCAUUUAGUUUCCUUUUUGGAAGGAGUUUGAUUUCUUUUUUCAGUCAAUGUUCUGGGCUCACUGAAGCAACUGUGGAGCUAGAGCUGGGUAGCAGUCUGUUUGGAAACACCUGCUUUCCCCCCUGCCCUUCAGCAGCUGCUGGAACGAGCUUCCCCUGCCACCUGCUUGUGGUUGUGUGUUUCCCUCUGCUGCUGUAGCACUGAGUGUGCUGGAGCAGCUGUGGAUAGAUGGGACCACCCUGAGCUUGCAGGGGCCAGUUCUGGGCUUGGUGAGAACCAUACACUGGGGCAGGAAUCACCAGUGUGAUUAAUUGCUUUGCUCACAAGCACUGGCAGCAUUAGUCUGCAAGUGGAGUGAGGCUGGCUGGGACCUGGACAAGUGCUGUGCAGCCAGGAGAUGCUGCUGGUGACGGUGGCACUCUGCAGCAGCCUUGGACCUUAGCAGAAGGGUUCAGGUGGGUGAGAUCCUACAUGAACAAACUCGACUAAGUCUUGCUGUGCACCAAGAUCACCUUGAGAAGUGGCGCCUGCUCCUGCUGCCACCAGCCCCAGUGCUGCUGAGCAAUGCUGCGGGGCAGCACAGGCGCAGUUAAUGAUUGAUAACGCUGCUGCCCAGGCUCCUUGCUGCUGCCCAGCUGGAAGCAGCAUGCUGCUGCUGGUGCUCCUAGUGCUGGGGCUGCCAGGCCCUGCUGUGUGCCCCAGGACCGAGCCCCUGAGCGGGUCCAGCGAUGAGCCCCUGUUCCGUGGUGCUGACCGCUAUGACUUUGCCAUCAUGGUCCACGCUGGCACCAGCGAGUGCUUCUGGCAGUUCGCACACCAGAGCGGCAAUUUCUUCUUCAGCUUUGAGGUGCAGCGGGCAACGGGCAUCGCCAACAGCAGGUACAUCCUGGCCACGGUGAGAGACCCCCAUGGCUUCCAGCUCGGCGCCUCCCAGGAUGUGCGAGGACAGAUCAACUUCCCAACCAAGGAGACAGGUUUCUAUCAGCUGUGCCUGGACAACGGGCAAAAUCACUUUGGCUUUAUGCAGGUGUAUCUCAACUUUGGUGUCUACUAUGAUGGCUUCAACAUGGAAAAGGACCAGCCAGAAGAGAGGAAACAGCUGAAUGACACACUGGAUGCCAUUGGGGCCAGCAUUCAGAAACUACGGGUCCACAUCUUCCAUAUGUGGAGGUUCUACAACUUUGCCCGGAUGAGGAAAGGGGCCGACUCCUUUCUCCUCGAGUCCAACUACCACUAUGUCAACUGGUGGUCAACAGCUCAGAGCUGUGUCAUUGUCCUCUCUGGGGUCCUGCAGCUUUACUUCUUGAAGCGUCUCUUCAAUGUGCAGAGCUCUGGAAAGCCUAGGUGCUGACAGCUCCUGGACAGCACAGCCCACAGGAGCAGAGCCCUGCCUGCACUCACCUGCAGCAGUGACUGAGGGGCUUGCCUGCACCUCUGCAUCAGCCCCUUUGCUUCCCCCUGAGCAGGGGAAGAAAGCCAAGGUCCUGCCCUGGGGAGGAGGUGGUGCUCCUGGAAGCAGAGCUCACCCACCUCCCACCUUUAACAGAAAUUACCUUCAGAAAAAAAAAACUCAACUCUG